ACUUCUGGAUUACCUCUGCCUUCCUUCCAUUCACUGUUCUUCGCCGCCACCUUGCAGCUGUUAAGUGUUGUCCUUAGGCUGAGAUCCACUUCCCUUUCAAAGACUAUUCUUCAUAUAUUUCUGCUGCUGUCUAGCUUGGAGCUGUUCUAUUCCUUGAUUUGGUGUUAUGCCACUUUUGACUUGACUGAAGAAAAUCCCCUCAUGACCAUAUAUACCUAGUUAAACAAGACCCUUGAAUUUUCUUGCUGGGUUGAAUGGAUUGGAGUGCAAGGAAAUCUAAAAGCUAGGCUGUUCUGCAGGGUGGGUGUAUAUAAAGUGUAAUCAUCAUUUUCAAGAAUAUAAUCCCAGAAAUCCAGAAUAGUAUGGAGCAAACAGUGGGAGGAGAGGAAAAGACAGUAACUUUGUAUGGAACAUGGACCAGCCCUUAUGCCAAGAGAGUUGAAUUGGGGCUCAGAAUCAAAGGCAUUCCUUUUGAGUAUGUAGAAGAAGAUUUGAGCAAUAAGAGCCCCUUUCUCCUUGAGAACAAUCCGGUUUACAAGAAGGUUCCGGUGCUCGUGCAUAAUGGAAAGUGUCUGUCAGAGUCACUCAUCAUUCUUGAAUAUAUAGAUGAAGUGUGGAGCCAGGAGCCUCACUUUUUGCCAGCAGAUCCUUAUGAAAGAUCCCAAAUCAAGUUCUGGGCUGGUUACAUCCAGCAGGUGUAUGAAUGCUUAUUGAAGGUCCUCACAUCUGGAGCUCGGGACCAAGAAAACGCCUGCAAAGAGCUUUAUGAUAAACUGAGAGUGCUGGAAAAUGGAAUGGGGGGAAGGACUAAUGUCCAGUCCAGCAAUCUGGGACUCCUGGAUAUUAUGAUUGUGCCAACACUUGGGGCAUACAAGGUACAAGAAGAAGUGUUUGGUGUGAAGAUUCUUGAUCCUGACAGAAAUCCCAUGUUACAUUCAUGGGUGAACAGCCUGAUUGAGCUGCCUGUGAUCAAAGAGGCGGCUGCUCCUCGCGAAAAGGUGGUUCCUUUUCUUCAAGGAUUUAAGCAACGGCUCGCUCUCAAACAGCCGAGCAAGAGGGAUGAAACAGAUCUCUAACCUUGGUAUAUCCUCCUCCUGCUACUGUCUUUCAAACAACUUGUUUUCUUAGUUCCAUGAGUUUCUGCUUGUAAUAAGGCUGAAUUGUCUGUAAUCGGAACAUAUGUAACACGAACUGGUCCUAUGUGAGGAAAAUAAUAAUGCUAAUUCCAACAUUAAUUGUGGAAAAUAAUGUUUUUGGUGAUGAUGGAAUUAAGAUUCCUAUUGAAACUGAUGGCUAGAACUUGACAAAACUAUCAUGUAUUGUAUAGGUAAA